UCAGAAAAUCACUUUGUUUCAAGUUUUCAACGCCUAUUGAACGCUACAAAUAGACAACCAUCGUCCAAGACUAUAAAAAUGAACAUUUUAUAUAUUUUACUACCAUUCGCUUUGGUCAAUGUGUCGGUAGCUUUAGAUACCUAUUUAAAGCAAGUUAUCUUGAUGAACAACCAAAUGAACAUCAUACCAAAACCUGAGUUAGGGGGACUGAUUCAACGUCUUAUUCUUUAUGGAGAAUUUACAAUGGCGGAAUUAGCUUUGAUUAUAGCGGUACCGGAUGCCGAUGGAGACGUAAUUUCUAAAUUGUCAGUUAACACAGACGGACACAUUCCCAUUAGGCAACCAAAGACAUUUUACCAAGCACUUUGGAGUAACAAAGAAUGGUUUUACCAAUUACCCGGUGCAUCCAACAUAAACGAAGCCGAAUACGAAAACGCUACUCUAAACGAUCUGGGACAUGAUAGAAGAAUGUUCACUGUAAUAGCUAUAAAAUUAUUAAUCCUUGAUAUAAUAGUGGGACCCAAUACAAAUUUUGAAAAAUUUUCUGGUAUGUGCGUUUUGCUAGGAGUAUACCAAAGUAUUUUAUACCCAGAUGAAUUUAUAAAAGUAGCUGAUGGCGAUGAUAGAGGAACUUGUGCACUACAUGACAUAAACGACAAUGUUACCCAUUAUAAAAAAGAAGGAGACCAAAUUUCGGUAUUGGACCCUACUACAGGGACCUACAAUCCUUUUAAAUUAGAAUUAGAUCACAAAAUUUACGAAAGUAAGUAAUCAAAACUGUUUUUUUUUUUUUUAAAUACAUUAAUUAAAAUAUAGUUAUACUACUAUAAUUAUAUUUUUGCAUACCUUUUAAAAACAGAUUUGUCAAUAAAUUUAAAGUAUUUAAAAAAUAAAAACACUUUUGAUCACGAUUAAGAAAACAUUUGUUGCUUAUGUAUUGUCAGGGUCCCCACCAUAAUUAUUAAAUAAAAUAUUUAUUUCAUCUAUGAUCCAGAUUCUCUAAUAUUUCUACACAUUUAAUGUUCGUAAUAUGUAUUUCAAUAAUAAAACUUGACAAUUUAAUAAAUGAAAACUAUUUAAUAUA